GGUUUUAUAAAUAUUUUGAAGUUUUAUGUAGAAUAUGUAUAUAGAAUAGCCCUUUCGCAUCGCCUUAAAUUGCACUAAUAUUAGCUCAUAGAAAUUAUACAUACAUUGAAUUUCCCAGGAAAAAAUUAUUUGGCCAACUUUUAAAAUCAUGUGGAAUAUAUAUCCUACGCCCACGAGUGGCCUGCUCGAGUCGGGAACGAAAUAAAAAGAAUCGGCCCGGAUAUAAAGGAUUCGAAGCGCUCUUCCCGUUAAGUUUACGCGCCGACCGGUAAACCGGUAGGUCCGUUUACGCCGCGACACGGAAUUGCUCUUUAUGGGUUUGCAAAUUCCGCUCUCUACGCGCUUAUUAGCAACUUAUCGAUAAGCGGCAUCAAAGAUAGCACUAAAAGGGAGAUUCUUAGUAUAAAGGUAGCCUCCUGCGUAACGAUAAAUCGUUAGAAUAAAACUAUGCUACUCGAUCGGUGCAGAUUAAACUGACGUGUAGAUGCGCGAAUUUAACUGCAUAUAUUACGAAUUGCUACGAUUAAUCGUUAGAUAUAUAUACCCACCUUUAGAUAAGAUCCUCGUUCGUGAUUUAAUCCGUAUAAAAUAUUACUGCAAAUACGUUAAAACUUCACAGAACAUAAAUAUAAAUGAACGCCGUAGCGCGCGGAUUAUUACGCGCUUGGUGAUAAGUGAUAAUCAUCACGUGCGGAUUAUUCCGCUAGUGGAUGUAAAUGGAUUAAUUCUCGACGAAUACACAUGGACGUGUCUCGUCGGGACGUAUCCAUUACGAUAAAUCGUAUUAACAGGACGCAAAGUGCACAAUACGAUUUAUCGUUGAUGUGUAGCCAUUCUUAAAUAACACCACUAGCGAUUUAACCCAUUUGCAUUGUUACUUUAAACGCCCUAUUAACUUCAUAAAUCACGAAAAUAAGUGAAUGUCGUAGCCCGUGAAUUAUUACGCGCAGGGUGAUAAGUGAAAUCUUUCACGUGUGGAUUAUCUCACUAGCGGAUGCGAAUGGAUUAAUUCUCGGAGAAUUAAUCGGGGUGUUUCGCAAGGGCGCGACAAAAUGGCGGACGGAUCCCCCUUUUUCGCGAAUAGUGACGCAUCGAUUACGAUAAAUCGUUUUAACAGGACAAAGUGCCGGAGCGCAAAGUGAGUACCGGGCUCAGCGAAGCGUCUCCUCGAGACCGUUACUUGGUCGGCUCGAGAUGGCUUUUCGCGUAGAAUCGUCUACAUAAUCCCGCGUACAGAAAAGCGCCCGAAGGUGUCGGCAGUAAGGGAGACGCGUGCUUCGACGAAUCGAGCAAUUACCGGGAUUACCGUACCGAGGAGCCGCAAUUAAACGGGAAGCACGAGUCGAGUCUUCCUCGGGGACACCCGGGAAAACCGAGGAAAUGCUCCAGUUUCGUUCCCCAAACGUAACACAGCUAAUUGAGAUCCGGAGGAAUGAUAAUCCGCGUUCCUGCAAAUUCAGGGAUCCAUUCAUUCCGUUAGACGAUACUUAUGGAUUUCUGCCCAGUGUUCUCCUGUGAUAUGUUUAUAACAAAUAAAUAAAAAAUUGUGAACAGAUGACGGAGCAUAUUCAGACCCAGUCCCUUCGUUACAGAAGACUAAGGGACUUCUGCCGAUACAUCAAUGGGCUUCUUACGAUACAUUAAUAAGAAAUGACAUAAAUAUUGUAAACUGAUGUCGAAUCGUUUGCAGAUCCUGCUGACCGUGGCUCAGGAUUACGAGGUCUCCGACAUCCAGUGCAGUGGAGCUGGAUCGGCGGCGGACCUUUUGACAGCCAAGAUAAAAAGACCAGUGGGGUUCAAAGGAGCACCCCUCUUUGCUGACGAUAGAUCCGCCAAUCCCCUCGUUGACAUCCACUGCCAAAUCAGGCCAGACUCCAAUGAUCCUCAGGAGGAUAAUUACUUCCUAAAGGUGACCGACUUCUCGAGGUGCGGCGUUCUCAAGAGAAACGGCUUCGUCCACCUGAGAAUCUGGUUCCCGGCGUUCCCAGGUGUGGUAAUGUUGGCCGAUCAGGAAUUGAUCAUGAUGUGUCGACCUCCUGAGCCGACUUUGCUGAGACACAAGGCUGCUGGUUUCGCUGGGACAUUUCCGCACGGAGCUCGCGUUUCCGGCGUCGUAGAGGAAACGCCGGGAAGGUUGGAGUACGAGGUGGCCCUCUACAGAGAGGCGGCGGGAAACACUUCAGAGGCUUCUUCGGGGUCCCAAACGGUGGACCAAGCGGUGCCCAUAGGUACGAAACUGCAGCUGAGAGCUCGAAUAAGCGCCGAAAGUGCCUGGGGGUACAUCAAACUCCUGGAGGUGACGGUGAGCCCCGACCCUGACCAGCCCCACGCUUCGGGGUCCGUGGUCCUCGUCAAGGACGGCUGCAGGAACCGGGACUUCGCCUCCAUAAUUCCCCAUCAACCGGCUCGCUACCGGGAAAGGAAGAACGAGGUUUUCCUUGACUUUGAGGCCUUCCUCUUGAGCUCAAUGAGGGAGAGGUCCACGCUCUGGAUUCACUCCCAGAUCAAGGCUUGCAUGGAGCCCCAGGACUGUCAACCGGACUUCUGUCUGGACCUCUUCGAGCCUUCGGGACACGGGAAGAAAAAGCGAGAUGCGGAAUACGUGGACUCGGACCCCGAGGAGGUCACACCCGAGGCGCAGGCCUUGAUUCAACGUUACAACGACUCGACUCCCUUUACGAAGUUCAAGGAGAACAUCGAGUACACCGUGAUGAUGCCUGGUGAUAUGUACGACAAGGUCGCGGCGGGUCUCGAAAGCAGUUGCGGUAGUUUCCUGUACGUCGCGACCGGUCUCGGGGGUCUUCUGGUUCUUUCAGCCUUCAUAAUGUGUUACUUGGCAUCGAGAUUACACAGAGUGACGUCGACGAUGCCGCAAAACAGGUCCAUCGACGACCUCGUCCGCGAGCGAGCCAGGAAGUACUGCGAGGUCGCCCCCGGGUACACGGGUCGCUCUACGGUCCAAUAAACUGAACACAGUGUUUUCAGUAAAAAAUAAUUCGCAAUUACGAGAACUACCUUUGGCAAAUCAUCUCCAGGCAAAGGUGGUUCUCCCCAAGGUGCGGUAGGUAUGAUACGUCACGAUACGCACGUAUAUUACAUGACGAUUAUACGUCAUGUAAUAUACGUGCUUUUCUGCGUGUACAGUAAACUCCCGUAUAACGCGAUUAAUACGUUAAGCGCUAUAUAAAUUCGCGUUACAGGGAAUCAUGCUGUACGGGAAUUUAUCUCGUAUAACGUGAAACAUAAAGCGCGUUAUAUGAAAACAGUAAAAAAAAUAUCUUUGGCGCGACAUACGAAUUCGCGUUAUACAAGAGCCCACUGUAUGUUACAACGUAUGAUACAUCCCUAAUUUUCUACACGAACCGACCUCGAAUUCUUUCCCUUGCAAUCGACCUACCAAAUAGAGAACGUCUAAGGUCUACGCCAGAAUAUUAAGUUAUUUUACAAUUAAGUUUAAAUUAAUGUAAACCUUGGAGGAAGAGAUCGAGCCAACUCGCGACUUGCUGGAAGGUCGCCGCAAAAGUCACGCUUGACUCCUCUCUUCUCCUGGCUCGUCUGAACACUAUUUAUUUAUUAGAUUAUUUAUUUACUAAGUAAUAUCUCCAUCGUCGCCGACGUCGCUCCCGUAGAUCGUGGGAAUAUUGUAUGUAUAUUAUAAAUAUAUAUACACAGGAAAUAGAACCACGUAGAGCGCAUCUCGUUUACAUCUUCCUCGACGCAUGUUAUAGAAAUACCUUCCCAGGCUGUUUUUUAAUAAUAGAGAAUGCAUUUCCUCGACCUCAAUGUUCGUAAUGGGUCGAUCGACGAGAGCGACGUUAGAUUUUCAAUUACUUUUCCAUUACUUUCGAAUUGGCUAAUGGAUCUUUAAUCGAUCUCCCGAUUAAGCGUCUUCGGGGUCUACAAAUAAGCUACGCUAUUAUUCGUAUUAUUCCGUAGACGUUCACUUUUAGAAUUUUCACCACACUCGAGUUACGGAAUCGAUUAGCAGUUAAUGAAAUGGCGAUACAUAAAAUAAGGAAAAGUUAGGCUUCGUUUCUCGUAACUCUUACUAAAUUACAAAAUAGUGGUAGUUCCUUCUUAGUUGUAGUCGCGUGAAACAUUUUUAUUGAACAAUAAAAACCGAUUAAGAGUU